AUGUAUAUUACUUUACUGCACCUCUUCGUUGAAAGUGUGAGAGAUAACGCCGUUGACGAUGAUUUUAAGGCAGACACCCUCCGCAAGAACCUCCACCAGCUCUUUAUAGGCGGAGCGAAAACAUGCUUGAAGGACUUGGUUGUUGAACUAGCCGAUAAUAUAACCCUCGAUGAAUGGUUGACGCACGUGGACCGCCGUGCGGAAACCCAUUGUCUCAAGAUUAUCGACGAUUUAGGAAGUUAUAGUAGCAGUUUCAAUAAAUGGAUGCUGAGGGCUGAGCUCGAUGCCCCUCCCAACCGCGGCGACUCUAGAGACUGUGGUGCAUUUCGCGGACCGUCUGGCGGAUACCGAGGCGGCUCAUGGUCGUAUCGGGGAGGAUCGUCUUUAUAUAGAUAUUGA